GAGAUCAACGUGCAACCGUGGAUGGAGAAGAAAUCAACGCCGAUCUUCGAGACAAAGGUAACCGUGGAGUUUUAGUGGGUAUUCCCCUCAAUCUGAGGGGCGAGUCCCACACUACCCCCUCCGUCGAGGGGGUGUGCGUAAAUGCAUUUCUCCACAUUAUAGAUAAAAAAAAAAAAAAAAAUGCCAUCUAUCGGCAACUAGGAACAAAAUCUGGCAUCGCCGAAUAAAUAGUUGAUGGUGUAGCCAAAAUGAUGGAUCAUUCCAAAAUGAUUAAAACCGAUGAACCGUAUUUUCAAUACGUAGAAAUGGUCAAGGACUCCCUUGUGGAGAUUCAGCGAAAAAUUUCUGCAAUCAGGAAAUUUCUUGGUGGCCAAAAGAGGGAAGCUCUUAAACACACUAGAAACGAAUCCGAGACUCUGGAAGACACAAGAAUCUUGUACGAGCACUUGCUGAAAGAACUCAUGAAAAUGGAACAGUCAUUCGAAGAACAUCUUUUACAUUUAAAGAUUGAUUUGGUAGUGGCUGCAAAGGCUCGCAUGCAACCACCGAGCCACCUAAAUUUUCGAGAAAUAAGAAAAGCAUUUAGUAUGUCCACCUGUUGCGUUGUAUCGGAUGAAACCGAGGAGGAAAUAUUCUGCCGUUGCACUUGGCAAAACGUUCCAAAAUGGAGCCUAGAGAACACUAGAAAUAUUCUGCUCGAGUCAAAAGACGCUUCGAAAUCAGAGUUCAGUGAGACCGAUUUGAAAUUUAAGCAAGACAUGAUUUGCCUUCGUAGGAAAGUGUUUUCCUUACCAAAAAAUCCAAGUAAACUAACGAGGGCUACUGGAACAACCAUUGAACAACCAAACUCAUCCAAAGUCAACGAUUUCACCGAAAUUCUCAAGCAAAAACACAGUUUUCCUCUUGAAAACUUAACGUCCAAGUUAAGCAAUCUGAAACUUAUCGAAGGAAAAUUUAAGACUUGCAACACGUGGUUGAAGUUCUUAGAUAUCCAUGGAAAUCAGUAUUCAUCCAAAUGGCAUUCGGUGCUUUGCCCUCAAAUAGAAAAGAUUCUAAAAAAGCGUCUCGUACCGGUAAUACAUUUAAAUCCCCACGCAACCUUGAAUUUCAUGUCAGAGAUUCGAGAGAAUGGAGCAAACUUUUUAUUGCUAAAAGAAGACUUGAUUCCAUUGUUAGCACACGCCGCGAACGCUUCGUGGCUGACAAGUUGGAAGAUGCAGUUGCACGCAGAACAUGGAAAGGAUGUGGCUGCUAGGUUGAUACAAGCCUUUUGGCGUGGGUAUUGGUUGCGCAAAAGAAAACUAGAUUCAGAUCGCCUCUACAUAGCAGCCAGCCUCCUGUGGUUGUCCUGGAUCACCCUGAAGAAGAAGAGAGAAAUCCACAAGCGUUACUUAACGCACAUGCUGACGUCCAUGCAAGCUACUCGAGAGCUUUCGCUGAAGCUAAGCAAAGACUUCAGUUCAAUAAUCCAAGAGCCCCACGUGGUUCUGCAAUUACCUUCCAUUGGUUACCCUUUGGAGAUGAGGAGAACCUUCACCUCAAAGACCCUCGCGUUCCUGGAGAACACCACGAGCUUGAGGAUCUGCUUCGUCUGCAAUCCCAAAGCUGAGGUGAUCUACAUCCUCCCUGUGAAGCCUACCAGGGAUCUAUUAACCAUGUACAGCGAUUUUAUCGAGUCCAUGUUCCCAGGGACGGAUGUAGCUAAACGUAUCACCUUCGUAGCUCUCUCUCAAGCGGAGACCUUCCGUGGAUGCAGCAUGAAUCUCUCGAGAAUAUUGCAUUGCUCCGAAGAGUCCCUCAAGGAGAUCAGAAGGAAGAUCACCGAUAAACCUGCCUAUUUUCUACCUUGGAUCAUCGACGAAUGCGACAUGAGAUUGGCUGGGAACCUCGACGUAGCCUUGUUGAGUCCUGGCAUGGAGCUGCAGCGCAGAUUUCUCAACAUGUCCCAGAUGUCCGAGAUGAUUGAGAAUCUUGGGCUCCUGCAGCCGCCUCAUGCUAAGAAUAUACACGAUUAUGAGACCCUUUGCGAGACUUUGGCACAGUUGAUAGUACUUCAUACGGAAGUUUGUGUGUGGCUAUUGAGAUUGAACUUUGGAUCCAAGAGCAAGCACUGCGGACUGUUUCUGAUUAAUCAUAUCAGCGUUCCAUUUAUGCCGAUAUUGAGAAGGGAGAGGGAGAAAGCUGGCAAUGGAUGGAUGGUACACUUCAGUUUGAGGGAGGAGUUCCUUGAGAAAUUAAGGGAACACCUACCUAGAGUUGUGUACAGCCUAACUCAGCUCUCAAAGGUUUAUACUUGUUGGAAUGAGUUCUAUGGUCAUGUGCAGAAGUUUGGUUGUCUGCUCCAAGCAGUUCCCGAGGAGAAGCAGUCCAAUAUCAUUACGGUAUGCUUCUUUGUUCCUGAGAAAACGACUAAGGAGGAAGUUAGGUGGCUGGGAACUGCUGAUAAAAUACAUUUGGAAAACAACGGUUCGCUGCCUGUUUACAUGAUGCCUCAGACGUCCUUGGAUGUGGCGAAAUUCGAGCCAGUGGCAAACAAGUUCGCCAAAGGAAUGCAAACAGAGGGAUACUUCGGCUACUUGACUGUUGACUUCUACUGCCAUACGCAGAAGCGGGAUGAAAAACUAAUUGUCGUGGUUUUGAAUGUUUAUCCUUAUUAUUCCCACGCGCAGAGUUACGUAGACUGGAUGAAAGCUGCCAUAGGAGGGACGUACAACCCUGAGAAGCACCAGUUCGUCGCAGACGUUCCAAUAGUUGCAGAGACUCAAGGAAGAAAAUCCUUCGUGUUCCAGCAGAGAAUCCCCAAGUGGAACGAAACGAAGGAGAGAUAUGGAAUAGUAGUUUCCCAAUUGUAUAACACAAGAUUCUCUGUUUAUUCGUGGUUGAAAUUGAGACAUUUGUUCGAAGAGUCUGGCAUUACGUACGAUGCCAACACGAAGCAGGGAUCCAAUAUAAUACUACACGACAGCGAAAUUAGGAAUUGUGGUCUCAUGGUGGCCGUAGCGCCCUGCAUGAAGACCACCCUAGCUAUGGUACAUGACAAUCUAACGAAACUCCACGAAACCCUCGCGAGUAGAUCGAGAAGGAAGCCAGAAACAAAUUUAGCAAGCGUUGCAGACUUUUUCGCGAAACUCCUCCCGGAUUACCAGAAUUUGGCUACGAACCCAUGCAUAUAAAUUCCGUGUAAG